AUGCUCGUUCUGGCCACACUUCUUGCAGUCUAUGUCGUUCUUGUUGGUUCCUUUGCAUCAUUUGCUCCCGAAAAUAUCACGGUGACCUUCCUCAAUCCAACUUCAGUUCGUGUCUCCUGGCAAACAUCGCUCAACUAUAACAGCUCCAAACCAAUUCAGAAAUACGAUGUUACAUAUAAACCAACGGAUGCCAGAAAGGCCAUUAUAUCAAGUUACAGGGUUGUGGCCGAAGUCGCGGGCAACAGUGAAGCAGUCACACUCAUCAAUUUGCUGCCUAACACGCAGUAUCAACUUACUGUUGCGGCUCUCUUCAACGGAAAGAAGUACCGGAGUCGUCCGAUAGUAUUUCGCACAUUGGAACCACCAAGGUCUUCGGCACACCAAGGACCUGGCUCCAUGGCUGGCUCCUUUAACGGGGUAGGUCCGCCAAUGUCAUCCCAUUUACCCGACGCCAAUUACCCGAUACUUGGGACCUACGAUGACUACGGCAAUUUGACUAACAAUUCAACCACAAGAGAACUUCCAACGAUUCGAGGUGUAGAGGUGGGCAUAGUUGUGUUGGUGCUAUUUGUAUGGGCCGGGGCAAUUGCCCUAUUCUUCAAUCGCUGGGGCAAGAUUCGUAUGCUACUUCCAUAUCAGCCCGACUAUAAGCAGGAACAAGGACUUAAGGUACCUGGAACAGGUGUUUGCUCUUCAGGUGCCUGCAACGGACAACAUUCGCAUCAGUUCCUGCCGCGGUGCGAGGGCUGCGGCCUCCUGGACCGAUGUUUCCACUGCCCGCGACGUUCGCGGGAUUCCCGCGACUGCGGCUGCCAGUUCGCCCUCCUGCACCGCGCGGAUACAGAGAGCUAG